UUCCAUUGUUCUCUUGUUCAAUUGCGCAAAACUUCGCUUGUUUUACAAGCGCAUCCUCGCUUUUGUAUGACAGUCCCUUAUACGCACACAUGAAGAAAUAAUGGCUGGACUUCAACCCAACAUUUGGGCUGGCGUCGCCAUUCCUUGGCUUGCAGCGCUAUGCUCACUUGUUAUGCGUGUUUGCGCGCGACGAAUGACCAAAAUGAGUUGGUGGUUCGACGACUACUUUUCCAUCCUGGCAUUCAUCUUUGCAACAGGCUACUGCAGCAUCAUGGUGGAGUGGACGUUGCACGCGUACCUUGGCGUCAAAAUUCCCGACUCAAUAACCACGGAUGAGAGGGAGGCGAUUCUACAACAAGCCCGGUUCCUUAGCUUCUUGAAUUCUUUAUGCUAUGCUUCAUCCAUCGCCUGCUCCAAGAUAGCCAUUUUGACGCUUUACUGGCGCCUUUUUAAGAUUUCUUCAAUCCGCAUACCGAUCCUGGUUAUGCUUGUGAUGGUCGUCAUAUGGAUUAUCCUCCGAACCUUUAUGCUUACGUUCCGUUGCGUCCCUGUGCAGUCACUCUGGGACUACAGCAUUACAGACAAGGUCUGCAACCUUGACAGUGGCGAAUUCUUUCUAGGAACAAUUACCACUCACUUUAUUAUGGAUAUCGCUAUCCUCAUUUUGCCAAUUAUCGAAGUUGCUCGACUGACCUUGCCAAAGGGACAAAAGCUAGCGAUCGCUGCUUUAUUUCUCCUGGGAGCUAUUGUCUGCUUUGCCUCAAUGUUUGUUCUAGUCGAACUUGUCAACUAUGACAGUAAUACGACACAAAUGCCAUAUGACUAUGCUAUGUUCUGUAUCUUAGGUUCGGUGGAAGUGAACAUUGCUAUCGUUUCAGCUUGUUUCCCUCUUUUACGCCCGAUAUUCAACCACAUACUGCCCAUUAGCUUUCUCACAUCCUACGGAAAGAGCAGCCAGCGUAUCAGUCGACCAAGUAAUCUUAUCAAAUUAACAACCCUUGUCAGAUCAAAUAAGGACAGGGAACUAGAUGACUCAAGCUCAACACAUCACUUGGCUGAUAUGGAAAACGGACUCAGCUACGAUGCAGCCAACGUUCAAUAUCCAAAAGGAGUGCAUACAGUUAUCUGUAGUCGGAAGUCUGUUUCUGUUCCUCAUGAUGAUAUGUCGGGGAUAUUUGUGCAAAAUGACACAGUGGUGGAAGUUAAUCAUCUCUAG